ACGAUGGAGAUGGACAUGACUCACGGGUCAACAAAAGACAAAACGAGGUGGAAAAAGAAAAAAAUGGGCGAUGAUGAUCGUGGCUUGGUCCAAUUCACACAGCGAUUCGCUUUUCCCCAGUCCCUGAUUCCGAUCGCGUUUUGAUCUUUCUUCACUUCAAUGUUGAAUAUCCCGUGUACUUAGAAACUUUCAUUGAAUACCCUCUCCAGGUUUCGAUCAAUCUUGAUGUCUCUUUGAUUUUCUUGCAGUGGCGCGUAGCUCGCCCCAUGUUUAUUCAACCACUUUCGAAUCGAAAGUAUUCUGCAUCAUCCCUUUGAAUCCCAAAUCUCGAAGUACCCUGUUUUCCGUGAACUUUGCAGUGUCAUUUUAAAUUCGCCAUUUGAGGUGAUCAACGUGAAUCUCAACUCAUAUAAUAGUACUGAACAAGUCAGGACACAGAAAGAGAGAAAAAGAGCGUUUGUCAUCAUCUUUCACGUCCACUCACUCGCUGCCCACCAGCAGUUCCUCCUUUUUCCAGGGUCACCCCUCCUACGAUUCUGUGUCGCACUGUGUCUGUUUUCUUCGUCUUCUUGUUCCAGCUCUCGCAUGUAAGUCGAGAAAAGACCACUCCAUCGUUGAUAUUUGCAGGACCGGGAGCUUAAAAUGGCAAAGCUGGUGGUGGAAGUACUUGAUGCGAGUGAUCUCGUGCCCAAAGAUGGGAAAGGCUCGGCCAAUACAUACGUGGAAGUAGAGUUUGAUGAGCAGCUUCAGAGGACUCAGGCCAAGCCAGGAGACCUCAACCCCCAGUGGAACGAGAAGCUUCUCUUCAAUGUGACCAGCCCCACGCAGCUUCCCAACACCACCAUCGAGAUCGCGGUGUACAAUGACAAGAGAGGCGGCGGACACCACAAGCACUUCCUAGGCUGGGUCAAGAUCUCUGGGGGCUCCGUCCCGUGGUCUGAGUCGCAGGCAUUUGUCCAGAGGUACCCGCUCGACAAGCGGGGCCUCUUUUUGCACAUCAGGGGCGACUUGGCACUCAGGAUCUACGCAAUUCAGGGCUUUUCUGAUCCGUUUAUGGCGAAUGGCGCAGCUUUUGAAGAUGCAGAGAGUCCCCCGCAAGAGGUGAACACCGACAAUCUUGAGGGUGAUCAGGAUUUGGGGGGCAAGCAUAAGAAGAAAAAGAAGAAGGAGAAAGAGUCGAGGACAUUUUAUUCCAUCGGGAAUGCCACAGGUGGUCCUGCCAAUUAUCCUCCUGUGGCCUCAGGAUUUGCAUUUCAGACACAUCAGAUGAUGGAAAAUGCACCACCCAACAUGCAAAUGAGGGCUGAUUUUGCCAGAGCACCAGCAGCUCCAGCAACUGUGAUGCACAUGCAGAUGCCGAGGCAGAACCCAGGGUUUGGGAUGGUGGAGACCCGGCCUUCGAUCGCAGCCUGGAUGCGAUUCAGAGGAGGGGACAAGAUGGUGAGUACUUGUGACCUGGUAGAGCAGAUGCAUUUUCUGUAUGUGAGUGUGGUUAAGGCCAAGGACCUUCCUGUCAUGGAUAUUUCAGGGAGCCUUGACCCAUAUGUGGAGGUGAAGCUAGGGAACUACAAAGGGGUGACCAAGCACUUGGAGAAGAACCAAAACCCAGUGUGGAAACAGACUUUCGCUUUCUCGAGGGAGCGGAUGCAGUCGCAUAUCCUGGAAAUCGCUAUAAAGGACAAGGAUGUUGGGAAGGAUGAUUUUGUGGGGAGGGUCGUCCUCGAUACCCAUGAAGUGCCUUAUCGAGUGCCGCCUGAUAGCCCGUUGGCGCCUCAGUGGUACAAACUGGAGACCAAGAAAGGAGAGAGGGGCAAAGGAGAGAUCAUGCUCGCGGUUUGGAUGGGGACGCAGGCGGAUGAGUCGUUUCCUGAAGCGUGGCACUCCGAUGCCCACAAUGUGAGCCAUGUAAACCUCUCCAACACUAGAUCGAAGGUCUAUUUCUCGCCGAAGCUGUACUACCUCCGAGUCCACAUCAUUGGGGCUCAGGAUCUCGUCCCCUCCGACAAAGGCCAGGCGCCGGACACAUAUGUGAAGGUGCAGCUUGGGAAUCAGCUCCGUAUCACUAGGCCUUCCCAGAUGAAGACCAUCAAUCCGGUCUGGAAUGAUGAGCUAAUGUUUGUCGCGUCAGAGCCUUUCGAGGAGUAUAUCAUUAUUUCAGUUGACGAAAGGGUGGGACCUGGAAAGGACGAGACGUUGGGGAGGCUGAUAAUGCCGGUUAGAAAUGUUCCUCAGAGGUUAGAUACUGCAAAGAUCCCGGACAGUUGGUUCAACCUUCUCCCACCAUCCAAGGCCGAUGACGCGGAGAAGAAGAAGGAAGUAAAGUUUUCGAGCAAGAUUUGCAUCCGGUUUUGCCUGGAUUCGGGGUAUCAUGCCCUCGACGAAUCAACACAUUUCAGUAGCAAUCUUCAGCCCUCAUCGAAGCAUCUGAGAAAGCCGAGCAUCGGAUUUCUUGAACUUGGGAUACGGAGCGCCAGGAAUUUGCUCCCCAUGAAGGGAAAGGAUGGCAAGAUCACCGAUGCCUAUUGUGUGGCUAAGUAUGGGAACAAAUGGGCUAGAACCCGAACGCUCCUUGACACGCUGGCUCCGAGGUGGCAUGAGAAGUACACGUGGGAAGUAUUCGAUCCCUGCACAGUGAUUACCAUCGGCGUCUUUGACAACUGCCACAUCAACGGAAAAGAUGAAGCGGAAGACCAGAGGAUUGGGAAGGUUAGAAUCCGACUCUCUACACUGGAGACCGACCGGAUGUACAUCCAUUGCUAUCCCCUCCUGGUCCUGCAACCCUCCGGCUUACAGAAACGCGGAGAGCUCGAAUUGGCGGUGCGAUUCACUUGCACGGCUUGGAUCAACAUGGUGACUCAGUAUGGCAAGCCAUUGCUCCCGAAAAUGCAUUACGUGCAACCGAUACCUGUUAGGUACAUCGAUGGGCUCCGCCGCCAAGCGAUGCAGAUCGUGUCAGCGAGGCUGUCGCGAGCCGAGCCACCUCUUAGGAGGGAGGUCGUUGAAUACAUGCUAGACGUGGACGACCACAUGUUUAGUCUGAGGAGGAGCAAGGCCAAUUUUCACCGCAUAAUGUCGCUUCUUUCCGGGAUAACAGCAAUUUGCCAAUGGUACAGUCAAAUAUGCUACUGGAGAAAUCCGGUCACCACCUGUCUUGUCCACGUGCUUUUCUUGAUACUGGUUUGCUACCCGGAGCUGAUCUUGCCCACGAUUUUUCUUUAUCUUUUCGUGGUCGGGAUAUGGAACUAUCGGUUCAGGCCGAGGCACCCGCCCUAUAUGGAUGCUCGGCUUUCGCAGGCAGAGUUUACUAAUCCAGAUGAGCUGGAUGAGGAAUUCGAUACUUUUCCAUCAACAAAGCCAGCAGAUAUUGUGAAAUUUAGGUAUGAUCGCCUCAGGAGUGUUGCAGGAAGAGUGCAGACAGUGGUAGGAGAUUUAGCAACGCAAGGAGAAAGAGCUCAGGCUUUACUGAGCUGGCGGGAUCCGAGAGCGACAGCUAUAGUAAUCAUUUUCGUGCUGAUCUUGGCCAUCGUCCUGUAUGUUACGCCAUUUCAGGUAGUGGCAAUACUGGCGGGACUCUACUCGCUAAGACAUCCCCGUUUCAGGACCAAGAUGCCCUCUGUGCCGGUGAAUUUCUUCAAGAGAUUGCCUGCCAAGUCCGAUAUGCUUCUAUGAGAUCAAAGAUUGUUUGCGGUUCACUUCCUCUUAGUCAUGAUUUUGUAAAUUGGAAGUGAUCAAGUGAAUGAACCCUGCAUUAACACCACUUCAGGAGGGAAGAACAGAGUGUAACACCCUUCACUAGAGUAACUUAUCACAUGCAUCAGAUUUCUCUCUUGAAAUGGAAAUUUAAUCUCGUGCAUAA